CGCGGGGGCCCCGGCGCCGGGGCCCGUGGCGGAGACGGACCCGCGCCGGAAGUGACGCGCUCGCCGGCCAUGGCGCACAUCACCAUCAACCAGUACCUACAGCAGGUGUAUGAAGCAAUUGACACCAGAGAUGGAGCAUCUUGUGCAGAGUUGGUGUCUUUCAAGCAUCCUCAUGUUGCAAACCCACGGCUACAGAUGGCCUCUCCAGAAGAGAAAUGUCAGCAAGUUUUGGAGCCCCCUUAUGAUGAAAUGUUUGCAGCUCAUUUAAGGUGCACCUAUGCAGUGGGGAACCAUGACUUCAUAGAGGCUUACAAGUGCCAGACGGUGAUAGUCCAAUCAUUCCUGAGAGCAUUUCAGGCUCAUAAAGAAGAAAAUUGGGCCUUGCCUGUCAUGUAUGCGGUGGCUCUUGACCUUCGAGUAUUUGCCAACAAUGCCGAUCAGCAGUUGGUAAAGAAGGGGAAGAGCAAAGUUGGGGACAUGCUGGAAAAAGCUGCCGAGUUGUUGAUGAGCUGCUUCCGGGUCUGUGCCAGUGACACUCGUGCUGGCAUAGAGGACUCCAAGAAGUGGGGGAUGCUGUUUCUGGUGAAUCAGUUGUUUAAAAUCUACUUUAAGAUCAACAAACUCCAUUUGUGUAAACCCCUAAUCAGAGCCAUUGACAGCUCCAACUUGAAAGAAGACUAUAGCACUGCCCAGAAAGUCACGUACAAAUACUAUGUGGGACGCAAGGCCAUGUUUGAUAGUGACUUCAAGCAAGCUGAGGAGUACCUGUCCUUUGCCUUCGAGCACUGCCACCGCUCCAGUCAGAAGAACAAGAGAAUGAUUCUGAUAUACCUGCUUCCUGUGAAGAUGCUUCUGGGCCACAUGCCAACAAUUGAGCUCUUGAGAAAGUACCACCUCAUGCAGUUCGCCGAGGUGACCAAGGCUGUGAGCGAGGGCAACCUGCUGCUGCUCCAUGAGGCCCUGGCAAAGCAUGAGACCUUCUUCAUUCGCUGCGGCAUCUUUCUCAUCCUGGAGAAGCUCAAGAUCAUCACUUAUAGGAGCCUCUUCAAGAAAGUGUAUCUGCUGCUCAGAACGCACCAGCUGUCUCUGGACGCCUUUCUAGUGGCCCUGAAGUUCAUGCGCGUGGAGGACGUGGACAUUGAUGAGGUGCAGUGCAUCCUGGCCAACCUGAUCUACAUGGUACGGUCACAUCAAAGGUUACAUAUCGCAUCAGCAUCAGAAGCUGGUUGUCAGCAAGCAGAACCCAUUCCCUCCUCUGUCCACUGUGUGCUGAGCCCACCUGGGCAUUUCUCCACUGGAGGGCACUGGAGAGCCUUUCUGCAGCCUGGAUCCAGAGGGCUUUCCUGAGGCCACUGGAGCUGAGGUCACCAGCAUGCCAAUACCUUGAAGUCUGCACCCUCAUCUUGACCAGCCAUCUGUGACCAGUGUGGGCCUGGCAGCAUGCAGAAACCUCCGACCUCCACUACUGGCACCUGCAGUGCUAGUGGGCUCCUGGGAUGGAGUUGCACCUUUGUGUGCUCUUGAUGGACGGGCUUUUGUAACUGUUUGUAGUUUUUCCUUCUUAAAAGAAGUAUUCUGAAUUUAUAAUAAUGACAUUUAUUAUAUCUUCCAGGAUACGUUUAUUUUCAUACAUUAAAUUUGAAUGUUUCAUGUGACUAAAAUGCUUUGUUAACUUAA